AUGGAGAGGCUUCUGAGGAGAUUCCGCAUCAGAAGUCAGCUGGCCCGUGAAUGUGUAGCAGAGUUUCUUGGCUUGUACAUCGCAGUUGUAUUCGGAUCUGGCGCUGCGGCACAAGUCAUCACCUCCGAGGGGACCCAUGGCAGCUACCUGACCAUCCAGCUUGGGUCUGCCCUGGGCGCAAUAUUUGGGAUGCUCGUCGCCCAAGGAGUUUCAGGUGCUCAUCUGAAUCCUGUGUAUUCGAUGAGCCUGUGCGUCUUGGGCCGCCACCCUUGGACAAAGCUCCCAUUGUACUCCCUCUCUCAGCUGAUUGGAGCGUUCCUCGGUGCAGGAACAGUUUAUCUGCAGUACUACGAUGCCAUCCAGGCAUUCACUGGAGGUCAGCUGUUAGUGGCAGGCCCCAAUGCCACUGCAGGUAUCUUCUCCUCAUACCCAGCAGAGCACCUGAGCUUUUGGGGAGGCCUCGUAGAUCAGGUGGUUGCUGCAGCUCUUUUCCUGCUAUGCUGCAUGGCUCUUGAGGAUAAACGAAAUGGACCCCUCCCUGAUGGACUCCAGCCUAUCGUGGUGGGAGUGCUGAUUCUAACCAUGGGAGUCUCCAUGGGGUCCAACUGUGGAUUCCCCCUGAACCCAGCCAGGGAUCUGGGGCCCCGGCUGUUCACGUUCAUCGCUGGCUGGGGGCCAGAAGUGUUCAAGUAAGUA